UGUCAAUUCUCAGUUAAAACCACAAAGAGCAAGGAGGAAGUUACGAUGAAGUCAGAAAAAUAACAGCUUUGCUGAUACAUUUGAUUUUUUUUAACUAUACAGAGAUUAAGUCUCCAAGUAUGACCAUUUGCUUCUCAAAAUUCUAUGCAAGAAGCAAACAAAAAGAAAAGUUAAUUAUCUCCUUGUUGUAAAGACCAAUUUCCAACAUUUAUAGGUAGAAGCUGCUGAUACUCAAGCUGUGCUUAAUUUUCUACAACGGCACUUGCAGAUAGUAAGGGAAGGAGAUGACUAGUUAUUUUUCACAGUGCUGAAUUCCAGGAAAAUCGUUUUGGAAAAAGAUUUCACAAAUCCAAAAAUUUAGACCAACAGAAGGAGAAGGACUGUGAAAUGGAUUCCUCUAUUCCUAAUCUUGUCACUGCAUAUGAAGAAUUUAAAUCUUCAACAGAAAUUGACAUUGCUCCAGGUGAAAGGAGAAAGAUUAUACAUCCAAACUCACUGAAGAGCUCUAAAUUUGAAGAAUUAAUUACGUUUCUCAUUGACUGGAUCAAUGCUACAUUGAAGCAGGAUCAUAUUGUUGUCCAAUCACUGGAGGAAGACCUUUACGAUGGAUUAGUGCUGCAUCACCUGCUAGCACACUUAGGAAAUAUCAAGCUGCAUGUGGAGGAAAUUGCAUUGUCUACCAAUGCACAGAAACAGAAAUUGAGUAUUAUAUUGGAUACGGCAAAUCAGCUUCUACAAGUUACUGAGGAUGACAAUCUGAACUGGAGUACCGAACUAAUCCACAAAAAGGACUUGAUCUCCACUUUACAUCUUUUGGUUGCCAUUGCAAAACACUUCAAACCUGACAUUCCACUUCCACAAAAUGUGUGCGUGGAAACGUUAAUCCUUGAGAUUGACAAAACAGGAAUAAAGACGGUGAAGCACUUGGAAUAUAUCACAGAGAAAAGUGAUGAUACAGAACAAGAGCAAAUACCAGAAGCUGAUGGCAUUAAUGAUCUAUUUAAACUUGGCCCUGACAAAGUGAAAAUAGUGCAACAGGCAAUGCUUCAUUUCACUAACAAACAUCUGGGAAGUUUAGGUGUGGUUGUGAAAGACCUCAACACACAGUGGCUGUCUCCGUCUCCGGCUUACCCGACGUGGAUUUCAACUGAAAUUCCAUCCCUCAUGUUUCGAACCCACCCAGGAUUACAGUUUUCCAAUGGGGUGAUCCUGGUUCUGUUAAUUGGGCAGCUAGAAGGCUACUUCAUUCAUCUGAGUGAAUAUUUUUUAAACCCUUCAUGUCAGAAGGAAAAGCUUCACAAUGUCACAUUUGUGCUGGAGCUUCUUAAAGAGAGAGGACUGUUGAAAUAUCCAGUCAAUCCUGAAGAUAUCGUAAAUCUGGACAGCAAAGCCACAAUCCGAAUCUUGCAUUGCUUGUUUGCAAAGUACAAGGACAAGUGAAGGAGUUCCCGGCAGCACAAAAGCAACCUUCAAAUGUGUUGAUUGGAAAGAGUCAAUUGAGUAAAGGAAGGAAAUAGUUUAAUGUUGUAAUGCACAUGGUGAUUUAGACAUUCAUGCAAGAUCUGUUGAACAAAUUGCCUAAACCACUGCCUAUUUUAUCUCCGAAUAAUUAACUGAAAUUAUCAAGCAGCACAUUUUUUAAGAAUACUGAGAUUUCAUAACUUGUGAUUUGUAAAUAUAACAAACAUUGAGUAAACUCACACUGUAAUUAAAAAAGGUCCAACGACAAGGGACCUGGUUAAUAUAAAGAAAUUAAGCUGAGCUCAUUAAGCAUUGAAUAACAUUUUACAACAAAAUGCAACAAUUUCAGUUCUUCUUUAACACUUGCAUUCUGGUGACUCAACCUGUCAAUAAAAGUUAACAAGCC